AUUAAAACUCGGGUACAUAAAUAACGCCUGUGGGAUGUGCAUGUGGUCUUCCAGAGGAGCUAUUGCAUUGUGGGUAGAACUGCACUAAUAUUUAUUAAAUUCAAUACCUGGCCCAUUGGAAUCAAUAUCUGCACCUUGCCUGAACCUGCACUUUAGUGUGACAUAAGCAUCUGAUGUUUUGCAUUAAAAUCAGUACAGCAGAUAAUGUCUUCACAUCCAGUUUCUUCUAUGAUAUUCAUGCUGAUCUGUAGUACCAUACUCAUCACUGUCACUUCCUCCCAUCAAACAGUGGAGCGGACAAACGGGAGACAAGACUCGAGCACAUUUUAUCUUUUAAAACUUGGUUCUCUCAUUGAUUGUGCAUAUCGUCUGCAUUGCGUUGUUUUUGACAUUUGAUUUUUGGUCUGCAAUCACUUCCUUCCCGAGUAAUCAUCUCAAACACCACUUUUUCUCCGUCGACUCUACAAGUGCUGCAUGGGUGGUGCAGUGGAAAUAAUAAAUGAUGAUGAUGAAACACCGAGAAGGAGGUUGCCCGCGGAUCUGAAACCAUGCAAUGUUGUGUCGCAGGAGAAAUAUGUGGGAGAGCCCCCGGCCUAGACUGGACCACGUGGUCCUGACAGCUCGCGAUAGCCGCCACGCUGUGGGCGCGGGGGCUCGGAACGAGCACCAGCAAGCCCCGGUGCACGAGCAGGAGCCAGGAGAGACAGGCAGGUUGGCGACGGCCGUGCAUUCCAAGAUUGCGGUGACGCUGCCCGACCGAGCUGCCCGCUGAGCCCGAGCAAGGGGGACGUCGCACUGACGACACGAGCGCCGGCGUCCGCCAGGGUGCUGUGCACCAGGAACGUCCACCCGCUGGCGUCUCCCCUCGGCAACCCGCUCACCGUCCUGAGCCUUCGCACGGCGGCCGAGCCACGGCGCGUUGAGCAGGUGUCGGAGGUUUUCCGCAGGCGGGCGCGCGGGCUCGCCAACUGCCGCCUGCUGUCCCUGCCUGGUCCGUGCCUCUCGCUGUUUCCACACUCGUUCCACGACUGCUCCUCCGCGCAGCCAUCCCAUCUUUCACGGAGCUGCCCCAACCCUGCCUUCCUUGGUGCUCGGCACGUAGCGUCGCUGGUGGCCACCGCCCGGCCGAUCACCACCUGCUCUGGCAUCGUGGGCACCGGCGGUGCCGGCGGGAGAAGCCACCCGGAUGGACCCCCCCCCAUGCAAAGCUCGCCAGCUGCGCGAAACUGCAGGGCCUUGACCCUCACGCCCGGUGACGUCGGUGCGAGAGCCUCGUACGUGAACGGCCGGCCCGGCAGACGCGCCAACCCGAGCACCGCGCGGCGUUCCCCGGAUAAGAGGCCUCCCAGCGUGUGGCUACACAUACCUGUUGCCCUGAGUGGAGCGAGGGCGGCAGGGGAAUUAAACAGGAGUGAACCACACGGCGGAGGGCGAUGUGCAAUCGGCGCUGAUUUGAGAGAGGAGCACAUCUCAGGGUGUCCGCGAGCCCGCUUUAAGCCAUCGGUGCCGAAGCCGCACAAUAGCUUCGACGCGACUGGCCCCACCAUGGCGGGCAACCGAUGCCGCGAGCCACCUGGACGCGGCGGCGGCGGCGGUGGCGGCGGUGGCGGCGCCAACGCCGCGGAGAUUUUCCACGGUCAAAUUGCCGAUGCCGAGAGUCCUCCAAGCCGGGCCGAGAGGGAUCGAUCGACGGCGCACGCUGGGGCGAGUCGCCACGGGGACUUUGGAUGGAAGGAAACGAAGAUGGCUGUGGUCGGGGACACGGGUGGGCAGAUUCAGGUGAUCAUCAAUAUCCGGAGCAGGGAGUCUGUGCCCACGACGGGAGAGGACCAACGCGAGUGACGUUUAACCGCCACCGAGCAAUGGUUCAAUUGAGUUGUACCCCUUCUACUUUUCAGCACAUUAUUGUUGUUAAACAUACGUUUCAUUUACUCUUACGAACUGGUCCCGUGGUAAUUAUGCUGUCCGUGUGUUUUUUUAUUCGUAAAAUUGUUAAUGAUGCUAACGUAUUCCUACAUGGGGCGGAAACCCCGUUUCGCUCGGGCAGCAUUGUCUAGACGCUGUUGCUUUGUUUGCCUGCGAGGUGUUGGAUGUGCACCAUUACGGUCUCGGGUUUGUGCACAGCCCUGUAGCUCUGGUUCAGGUUCACGUGAUCCAGUGAAAGCAACCCUGAGCCAUGGGCAAGCAGCUGCCGCACGCAUCCCAGCAAAGUAGCCGCUGUCGGUGGCAUCGCUAUCAAGUGUGCCGGCGGUGCAACUGCACACAGGUCCAUAAGCCGAGAGGCCCAAGCGUCGGGCUACACUGGCCAUUGUCCACCGGCUGACCCCCUCCCACCCACAGGGAUCACUUGGUAACCGACCUUCCUUAGCUCGCCCAAGGGUUCGAGCACUGAGCCGGCACUGCUGAGAAACUGAGUUUGAUUCUGGGGUUCAGCCGUCCGUGCUAAGGCUCGGUUCUUAAUCGUAGCAAAGGUGAUGAUCACAGCCCAGUUCCCAAAUGACUGCACAAGAAAGAAAAAAAAACCCAUCAUUAAAUCUGAUUUAGCAUCCGAUGUUGGCUUUAUUCCCGCCCUGAGAAUGAAACGUAUCGGUUCGGCUCUCAUGCAAACCAUGUCUUGAGAGAGUGUGGAAAGUCGCAUCUAUUGCUCUAAAUACUGUAUAUAUAAAGCACUUGAGUGAUUUUGUUCGAGUGUAGCGAGGUGAAGGUCUCGGGUCAGUUACGAAUGACUGCACGAAACAGCCCUAUCAGAUUAAAUGUUUUGUUUCACUUUGGCAAAAUGCCAGCUCUGAGAUUAAACAAUAUUGGGGUGUUCUGCCAUAAAACAAUAGCGGGGUGUGUUUGAAAGCAGGGUGCGUGAGUCAAGGACAUGGAUAAAAGGUCACUUGAAGGAGUCUCGUCAGUAGUUCUGUGAUAUCUCCUCCAUAGACAGUUUCCCAGCACAGGGUGGUGCAAUGCUUACUGUCGGCGUUUCCGAAUGGACACACUGUCUCCGUGACGUGACGUGAUGCACGCGCAAGUGAGAAACACGCUGCUAAGCAAUACGAAUUGGAUAAAACUGUUUGGAACGCUGAAUGAUAUAUAUUUUUGGGUAAAACAGCCUCUCUCAUCGAUCGCACACGGGGAAGAGCAAACAUGCACUUUGUCUGCCGCCGAGCGGCUGUUCCAGGACCCGUGGCGAGCGUGCGGCGGAUGGCUGUGCCUGCAAUGACAGGACCGAGUGACCUUUCACCCCCGCCUCGAAGGCUGCUCGCACGCUGAGAUAAGGCUCUCACUGUGUUGGUUUUAAACCGGAGAGAACAUCUUGAAUGCGCUUGAUGAUUUUAACCUCUGCCCUCCAACAACCGCCCACUGCUUGUUAGAGACAAACUAAACUGUAUUUACAGCGGAGCGCUCCGCCGUUAUCGCCUUGUAAAAUGUCAUAGGAGAAGCACUCGAGAUGCACGAAUAUACAAUCA